GGAGGGCGGGGCCUCGCCUUAGGGCGGUGGGGACGCGGCCAUGGCGGCGGCGGGGGGGCUACCCGCGGAGCACAACCCCUUUUCCUUCCGCGAGUUCGUCCGCAGCAAGGCGCGGGGCGGCGGGGACGGGCCGCGGCCCGGCCCCAGCCUCGGCCCUCUGCUGCUGCCGGAUCCGGGGCCGCCCGGGGAGGUGGAGGAUGAUGAUGAUGAGGAGGAAUGGAGCGGGAGCUACCAGCCGCUGGCCGUGGAGCAGGCCCACCUCGCCGCCGCGGGCCCCGCAUCGCCCUCCGCCGGCUCGCCCUUCUGCGAGGGCGCGGAGCGGAGCGUGGCCUCCCCCGGAGCCCCCGCGGCGCCCGGCCUUCCCUCCCUGCGGCAGCCCAGCUACGAGGAGCUGAAAGAAGAGAAUGCCUCUUUGAGAAGCAAGAUCAAUAAGCUUCAGAUUUUCUCUGAAACUCAAGCAGACAAGGUGAGGAAGCUUGAAAAAAAGCUUGAGGAAAACAAAAUCAAGGAGGAAAAAGAAGCGCAGGAUUUGGAAGCGAUGGUGCAGCAUGUGGAACAGAACCUGCAGCUGAUGACGAAACGGGCUGUUAAAGCAGAGAACAGCGCCACGAAGCUGAAACAGGAGAACGCGUUACUGCAGGUUCAGCUGAAGAAUUACAAGUCGGAGAACGAGGCGCUGCGGUCGGGCCAGGCGGCCAGUCUGGCCACCGUGAGGCAGAACGCGGACACUGCCCUGCAGAAUCUUCUCACGGUCAUAACCAGCUCCCGGGCUUCCAUCAGGCAGCUGGUCUCUGGAGCAGAGUCACUGCAGCUCGUCGCUGAUCUCCUCACAUCCAUAGAUAGGAUUUCAGAGGUGUCCCAGGAUGGGCAGUGACUGGAACAGAGCGGAAACCAUUCCCAAAAACUCUGCUUUUGAUACUCGGCCUCAUUGCGAUACACAAAGCUGUCGGUGCUGCCGCCACCGGACUCCUAAAGCCCUAAUGGACGGACAAAAGUACGUGCCUCCGGGCUGGGGCCGCGGGUCCUGCUUCCCCUGCACCCCGGAUUCCUGCUGGGACCCCGCAGAACACCCGGGGUUCGGCCGGGACCGCCGCUCCCGUUCCCUCCCCAUCAGGAGCGUUCCGUUGCCACGGAGGGAGCCGGGGGGUGGUGUUGGCGCAGCGGGCGGGCUGGGGCUGCGGGCGCGGUGUGACGGGUGUUGCGGAGCCAUUAAAGGCGGCGGCGGCGGCGCAGCCGGUGUGUCCGGUCACUGCGGGCCCGGGGCGGGCGCAGGGACCCGGGGGCGCCCUCUCGCCGGC